GGAUGUCUCAGGAAGGCGAUUACGGGAGGUGGACGAUAUCCAGCAGUGAUGACAGUGGGGACGAGAAGCCCACGCUGGACAAGCCACUCGCCUCUUCCCCACCCCCCACCGGGCACGGCACAGCCAGUGAGCCCCGAUACCACUGCUCAGAGGCACGGCGCGCCGCCCACAGGCGGAAGGUGUCCCCCGUGAGAUUCAGCAGCACGGAGCCUCCUUCUGCAGCAACACCUCCCAAACGGCAGAAGAGCAGCUCCCAGGGAGACCUGGGCUGGUGUCUCUCCAGUAGCGAUGAUGAGCCACAGCCAGAGACACAGCAGAAGCCGGCUGGGAGUGCGGGCAUCAAAAAGGAGAGAAGCCCCUCACCUCCCCAAGGCCACGCAGCAGAAAGGACCGGCGACCACAGCCAUCCCGCCAGGCACAGGCUCAAAGAAGAGGAAGCCGAGGAGGAGACAUCAGGCACAGGCCAGGACAUCUGGGACAUGUUGGAGAAGGGGGACCCCUUCCGGUUUUACCUCACCAGAGUCUCAGGAGUUAAGCCCAAGUACAACUCCGGGGCCCUGCACAUCAAGGAUAUUCUGUCUCCCCUCUUUGGGACACUUGUCUCUUCGGCUCAGUUUAACUACUGCUUCGACGUGGACUGGCUGGUGAAGCAGUACCCUGCAGAGUUCAGGAAGAAGCCCCUCUUGCUUGUCCACGGCGAUAAACGGGAAGCUAAGGCUCACUUGCACGCUGAGGCAAAGCCCUAUGAGCACAUCACCCUCUGCCAGGUAGGCUUGGGGGCAGCAAUGGGCUCACACAGAACAAGGAUGAUGCUCCUGCUCUGUGAAGAAGGCCUCCGGGUGGUCAUCCACACCUCCAACCUAAUCCACGCGGACUGGCACCAGAAGACUCAAGGAAUAUGGCUGAGCCCCUUGUACCCACGGAUUGCCCACGGAGCUCAGGGAUCCGGAGAAUCGGCAACACAUUUUAAAGCCGACCUCAUCAGUUACUUGAGGGCUUACAAUGCCCCUCCUCUCCAGGAGUGGAUCAGCACCAUCCAGGAACACAACCUUUCUGAAACCAAUGUUUACCUCAUUGGAUCAACCCCAGGACGCUUUCAAGGAAAUCUAAAGGACAACUGGGGACACUUUAGACUCAGGAAGCUGCUGAGAGAUAACGCCUCGCCCCUUCCUGAAGCCGAGCGUUGGCCCAUUGUCGGCCAGUUUUCCAGCAUCGGCUCCUUGGGGGCGGAUGAAACCAAAUGGCUCUCUUCUGAGUUUAAAGAGAGCCUGAUGACGCUAGGCAAGCCGGGCAGGAUCCCAGGGAAAAGUGCCGUUCCUCUUCAUCUGAUCUACCCUUCCGUGGAAAAUGUGCGGACAAGCCUAGAAGGAUACCCUGCGGGGGGCUCUCUGCCCUACAGCAUCCAGACGGCGGAGAAGCAGAACUGGCUGCAUGCCUAUUUUCAGAGACAGUGGGCGCUGCUGUCCUUUCUGACCGAUGUCAUGUGUCCUUGUCUCCGCAGUGCCAACCUGUCUAAGGCGGCCUGGGGCGCGCUGGAAAAGAACGGCUCCCAGCUGAUGAUCCGCUCCUACGAGCUCGGGGUCCUCUUCCUCCCAUCCGCAUUUGGCCUGGACAGCUUCCCGGUGAAGGAGAAGUUCUUCUCAGACAGCCAGGAGCCACCAGGGCCCUUCCCCGUGCCGUACGACCUGCCUCCAGAACUUUACAGCAAUAAAGAUCGGCCGUGGAUUUGGAACAUCCCUUACGUCAAAGCCCCAGACACCCACGGGAACAUGUGGGUUCCCUCCUGAGAGCCUCGUAAGCGCCGAGGAGCCACAUGCACGAUGGGAUGCGCAGCCCCGGACGUUCACCGCCCUGGACAGCUCCCCUCAGACGUCCUUGGCAAAGGCCGCCCUCACGGCGUGGAGAUGGGUCGGUAGCAUUCUCACUGGAAGAAUAGGAUAUGAUAUUUUCUUAACUCCCUUUUGUAUGCUUCAGAGUAAAAGGAAUUAAA